GGAAAGCGAUGGUCUACCACAAUCUCAAAGCCCUUAUCAAGGGUAUACGGGCAUGCAAGACUGUAGCCGACGAGCGAGCCCUCAUCCAACAGGAAUCCGCAGCUAUUCGAGCAUCCUUCAGGGAGGAAGACUCGUAUGCGCGACAUAACAAUAUCGCAAAGCUACUUUACAUCCAUAUGCUUGGAUCUCCCGCCCAUUUUGGACAGAUAGAAUGCCUCAAGUUGGUUGCAAGCCCCCGCUUCUCAGACAAACGUCUCGGAUAUCUUGGCAUCAUGCUACUGUUAGACGAAAAUCAAGAAGUGUUGACUCUUGUCACGAACUCGCUGAAAAAUGAUAUGAACCACUCCAACAUGUAUGUCGUAGGCCUGGGACUGUGCACUUUUGCCAACAUCGCAUCUGAGGAAAUGUCACGGGACUUGGCGAACGAAAUAGAGAAACUGUUGGGCUCAAGUAACACCUACAUUCGCAAGAAGGCUGCACUUUGUGCUUUACGAGUUAUCAAAAAAGUACCUGAUCUAUGUGAUCACUUCAUAUCAAAAGGCAAAAACCUCCUUACUGACCGCAAUCACGGAGUCCUCUUGGCAGCUAUCACCGUCGUGACAGAAAUGUGUCAAGUUGACGAAACAUGCCUGAAUGAGUUCCGAAACGCUGUCCCGUUGCUUGUUCGUAACCUCAAGUCUUUGGUCACAACUGGUUAUAGUCCAGAGCACGAUGUGUCAGGUAUCACAGAUCCUUUCCUCCAGGUCAAGAUCUUGCGUCUACUGCGUCUCCUCGGAAAAGGCGACGAAAGGGCAAGUGAGACUAUGAACGACAUUCUUGCGCAGGUCGCAACCAACACAGACUCAACAAAGAACGUUGGGAAUUCGAUCCUCUACGAAACUGUCCUCACUGUACUGGAAAUCGAGGCUGACAGCGGUCUCCGGGUCAUGGCUAUCAACAUCCUUGGAAAGUUUUUGGGAAAUCGUGAUAACAACAUACGGUAUGUGGCGCUGAACACGCUGAACAAGGUCGUCUCCAUGGACACAAGCGCCGUACAGCGUCAUCGCAAUAUUAUCCUAGACUGUCUUCGCGAUGGCGAUAUCUCAAUCCGCCGACGAGCACUCGAACUCUCAUAUGCACUCAUCAACGAGCAAAACGUCCGCUACCUCAUUCGCGAGCUCCUCGCUUUCCUUGAGGUUGCGGACGACGAAUUCAAACUCGGGAUGACGACUCAGAUAUGUCUUGCAGCUGAGCGCUUCGCUCCGAAUAAACGAUGGCAUAUAGAUACUGUUCUUAGAGUGCUGAAACUGGCUGGUAACUUUGUUCGAGAGGAGAUUUUGUCAGCUUUCAUCCGCCUUGUCGCUCACACACCCGAGCUCCAAGCUUAUACUGCGUCAAAACUAUACACAGCCCUCCAGGCGGAUAUCUCACAGGAGUCAUUGACGCUAGCAGCUGUCUGGGUCAUCGGUGAAUACAGUGAAGUUCUUCUAGAGGGGGGUGUCAUUGAUGAGGACGUACCUAAACAAGCCAGCGACAAAGACUUGCUUGACCUCCUUCUCUCUACCCUCGAUUCUCCAUACGCCAAUUAUCUCUCGCGUCAGUUUGUUCUUGCUGCCGUCACGAAGAUGUCCUCGCGACACACUACGAGUGCACCGCAGCAGGAUCGCAUCGCAGAAAUCCUCACUAAAUACACAACCAGUCCAGAACUUGAACUCCAGCAGCGUGCAGUGGAGUUCGCUAAUCUCUUUACUCUUGGUGAGCUGAGAAGUGGUGUAUUGGAGCGUAUGCCUCCUCCUGAGCUCAAGGCCACGGUUAUGGGCGUCGUUAGCGAAAACAAGCCCGUUGGCUCUACUCAGGGUGGCAAAGAUGCAGACCUCUUGGGCGACGAUAUAAUAUCAACACCGAACACAGCAUCACUUGCCAAUGGUCAACCUGCACAGAACAAUCACGACAUCCUUGCCGAGAUCUUUGGCAGCUCUUCUCCAUCAGCCACCAACUCCUCCACAUCGCAAUCCGCAUCCCUUUCACCUCAGCCACAAAAAAGUAGUGUUCAAGAUAUACUCGGGUUGUUCGACGCCGCUCCAGCCUCAUCGCCUGCUGCAUCUUCUCCAGCUCCUCCCUCCAAUCCCAUGUCCGCAUUUUCACUACCACAGACCCAGUCACCGACACCAAACCCUCCACGGCCGCCAGCGCAACAGCAACCUGCGCCUCGACUGACGUCGUAUACGGCGUAUGAUAAGAACGAGCUCAAGAUCACUUUGACGCCGCAAACUUCAGCUGCGCGACCUGGCGUUGUCAACAUAAUGGCGAGGUUCCAGGUAACGGGUUCUAACGAUGCCACAGGGCUCAAUUUUCAAGCUGCCGUGCCGAAAUCACAACAACUACAGAUGUUGCCAAUGUCGAAUCCAGAAGUGAAACCAGGUGCUACCGAAACGCAGCAGAUGCGGGUAAUGGCACCGCCUGGAACGGCUGUACGCCUACGACUACGAAUAUCAUAUUCACUUGCUGGCCAAGCUGUACAAGAUCAAGUAGACUUCUCAGGAUUUCCUCCAGGAUUAACGGGUAGCUCAUGAUAAUGAUGAUGAUGUACGUUUUACUGCUAUAGUAAUGCAGAGUAUCUUGCUUUUUA